GGCGGCGGGCAGGGGCUCCAUCCUCCGCAGGGCCGCGGCUCCGGCGCCCCGACAGCGCGGCCCGGCCGCCAGGAGCUGCGGCCUCGCCCGGCGCCGCCGGGACCCCCCCCGCAGCCCCCAGCCUGCGAGCGGCGACCCCCGGCCCGGGGGAACCCAACCCGGAGACCCCCAGCCCGGGCACCCCGCGGGGACCCGCACGGGACGGGCCGGGACCCACGGACGGAGCCAGCGCCCCACACCGCCCGGCCUCGGCGGCGCUCAGCGCUUAUUUCCCCCUCGCCCGAGUUUUCGUGCUUUUUCGUUUGGUUAUUUUUUGGUCUUUUUUAUUUCCCCCCCGACUCCACGCAUUCGUUUGUGGUUUUUUAUUUUUUGUUGUGUUUUAUUUUUUUUUUCCCUUGUCUUUUUUUUUUAAUUAUUACUGCUUUUUUUAUUACCGUUUUUACAUUUUUUUUUUCUUCCCGCGGGACGUUGGAGGGAACCCGCCCGGCUUUUAGCAUGAUGUCUUACCUCAAACAGCCCCCCUACGGCAUGAACGGGCUGGGGCUGACGGGCCCGGCCAUGGACCUGCUGCACCCCUCCGUGGGGUACCCGGCCACCCCGCGGAAGCAGCGGCGGGAGCGCACCACCUUCACCCGCUCGCAGCUGGACGUGCUGGAGGCGCUUUUUGCCAAGACCCGCUACCCCGACAUCUUCAUGCGGGAGGAGGUCGCCCUCAAGAUCAACCUGCCCGAGUCACGAGUCCAGGUCUGGUUCAAGAACCGCCGCGCCAAGUGCCGGCAGCAGCAGCAGAGCGGCGGCGGGGCCAAGAGCCGCCCGGCCAAGAAGAAGUCGUCCCCGGCCCGCGAGAGCUCGGGCUCGGAGAGCAGCGGGCAGUUCACGCCGCCGGCGGCCGCCUCCAGCUCCUCGGCCUCCUCCUCCUCCUCCAGCUCGGCCUCCUCGGCGGCAGCGGCAGCCGGCGGCGCCCCGGCCUCCCUCAGCACCCCGGCCUCAUCCAUCUGGAGUCCGGCCUCCAUCUCUCCCGGCGCUGCCCCGGCGGGGGUGACGGUGCCUGAGCCCCUGCCGCCGGCUGGCGCCUCCUGCAUGCAACGCGCCGGCCCCACCGCCUCCGCCAGCUACCCGGUGUCCUACGGCCAAGGCGGGGGGUACGGGCAGGGCUACCCUGCGCCGCCCUCCUCGUCCUAUUUCGGGGGUGUGGAUUGCAGCUCCUACCUGGCCCCCAUGCACUCCCACCACCACCCCCACCAGCUCAGCCCCAUGGGGCCCUCCUCGGUGCCGGGCCACCACCACCACCACCCGCUGAGCCAGAGCUCGGGCCACCACCACCACCACCAUCACCACCACCACCAGGGCUACGGCGGCACCGCGCUGCCCUUCAACUCCUCCGACUGCCUGGACUACAAGGAGCCCGCCGCCGCCGCCUCCUGGAAGCUCAACUUCAACUCCCCCGACUGCCUCGACUACAAGGACCAGGCGUCCUGGCGCUUCCAGGUCUUGUGAGGGGUCGCCCCCUGCCUCGGACCCCCUGCCCCGGGCGUCCCGCCGGGCCGCGGCUCCGUCUCGUCCUCCCCCCCUCGGUGAGCGGUGCCGAGGGGCCCCCGUCUCUCCUGACUGAUAUUUAUUUGCUUCCCGCACCCCUCCGGCGGGUUUAUUAUAAUUAUUAUUUUUUUAAAUGGAACAGAAGAAGAAGAGGACUUUUAACAAAAAUAAUUAAAAAUUUAAAAAAAAAAAAAAAAAGGAGGAAAAAAAAAAUAGAAACUAAAUGCCUGCUGUCUCCCCGGGGCCCGGGCUGGCUCCUGCCCCCUGGCAGGGGGGGUCCCUUGGUGCCCCCCUGUGCGGGAGCCCAUGGUCCCGGGCACGCCGGGCUCGCUGUAAAUACUCGGCUCCGUUGCAGGGACCGUCGUCGUUUUUAGUUGACGCUCUCGGGUUGGCGUUUUAUCACGAGCCUAACACAAAAAACAAAACUUUAAACUAUUUUUUUUUAUUAUUAUUAAAUUUUAUUUUUUAUUUUUUUUCCCCCUAAAGGUGAUUCUGGCCCCCACCCCACCCUGGGGCAGCAGGGGUCCCACAUCCUCUGUCCAUCCGUCCGUCUGUCCCCGCGGGGCCGGGGCGAUGAGGUCCAGCCUCGUCCUGGAGCAGGGGGCAGCAGCUGGGGGGGCCACAGUGGAGGAGAAGGAGGAAGGGGUGGGAAGGGCUGCUCGGCUGAUCCGUGACCCGCAGACCAAAAAAAGAAAAACUUUUUGAAAAAAUUUAAAAAAAUAAUAAAAAGAAAAACAGGAGGAAAACAA